ACGACAUUUGAGUUGAUUCACAUGGUAUUCUUCUCUACGAACAACGCAAGUACGUAUGCUGCUUGUGGUGUCUUGUCAUAAAUUCAUUUACAUUGCAGAUUGUAAGAUCGGAAUACGUUGGUAAGAGUCUCUACAAGAACCUCGUGGUCCUCGGUUCAGCCCUAUGUAGCUUGUGGCACCCGCACACAUCGAUGAAUUCUUUCUAACAUACAGAUCACAGUCAGACAGGUGAAUCUGUCUUCUCAAGUACCUGAAGUCUCGUACAAAUCAGACAAAAUGCCACAGCUCCUCAAGCUUGCAUCCGCGCAAGCCCGCACACUCGAGACCACUCAAGAUACCCUCCGCGCGCUCGAAGUCACCACAAAACGUGCCGCAGCUGAGGACGUCGAUAUCAUCCUCUUCCCAGAGGCUUACUUGGGAGGCUACCCACGCACCUGCAGCUUCGGAGCUGCUGUCGGAGCACGCGCGCCCGAAGGGCGCGAGCAGUUUUUGGCGUAUUUCCAUGAUGCUGUAGAUAUGGGUGACACACCAGCUGGCGCAGGUCAAGAUUGGGUAGAAAAGAAGCUCGAGCUGCCUCGUGGCAAGAAAUACCGAGGUGACGGUGUACGGGAAGAGCUGGAGCGCAUUGCGCGCGAGACGGGUGUCUUUGUUGUCACGGGCCUCGUUGAGCGAUGCGCGGGCACACUGUAUUGUGGAGCUGUUUUUGUAUGCCCCAAGCUUGGUGUGCUGGGUAAAAGACGUAAAGUCAUGCCUACUGGCUCAGAACGCUUGGUCUGGGGUCAGGGCUCAGCAUCGACACUACGGGCUAUCACCACGGAAAUCAAAGGUGUUAAACUGUGCAUCGGAUCAGCGAUAUGCUGGGAGAAUUAUAUGCCUCUUCUACGACAGAGUUUGUAUAGCCAGAACGUCAACCUCUGGUUCGCGCCCACUGCAGACGCCCGGGAUACCUGGGAAUCGCUUGUCCGCACUAUAGGCUGCGAAGGACGCUGUUUCGUUGUGACCGCAAAUCAGUGCGUUAAGCGAAAGCAUCUGCCGAGCUGGAUAAAAGGAGGGAAGACAAUGCAGCACAGCCAGAGCGCACCAACACCGCCUGAAGCACCCAAGACGAUCGGCGGGCGAAGAAAGAGUACUAUCGUUUUCACGGAAGAGAAGAACGAAAUUUGUCUUCCUGUACGAUCCAACAAUGAGCACCAAGUGGUCAAUGGCGAAUCGGCGAUCGAGUCUGGUUCAUCGCCUCUCCGCAACGAGGUCGAGCAGCCACCGGCUCCUGAGCAAUUCACAACGAACCAGGCCGCGCCUUCAUCGUCCGAUGAUGAAGAUUAUGUUUCCAGAGGAGGGUCGUGUAUCAUUUCGCCGCUAGGCGAAGUUAUCGCUGGCCCUGUCUGGGAGAAGGAAGACGAGUUGCUCAUCACGGUUGUGGACUUUGAGGAUUGUGAGAGGGGUCGCUUGGACUUUGAUUCUGCAGGGAGCUACUCAAGGUCAGAUAGCUUCAAGCUGUUGGUCGAGGGACUGGAUCUUAAUCCGCCACCACAGUAGGAGGGAUGUAUAUCAAGCAAUACCAUGUUGGUAAAGGACGGUGCAUGAUCAUGCCACUUGUUCGAUUCACCUAUUUAUUCUGUUCGCAUUCUUCAUAUCCUUACAGUUCGGUGUCAUUUGGUCUGCAAGGUGGGCGGAAGUGCCAGUCAUCGUAGACAAGCCGC